CACUAAUCACACAAGAGCAGCAGCAGAGGAGGAUCUGCUGUGCAUACACCAGCACACAUCUGUCUGCUUACUGAGAGCUGAGAAGAACACCUGAGAUCCAGCAGCAGCAGACUUGGCACCAUGGACGUCCUCUUCCUGUUCUCCCCUCUCCCGACCCCGGUCAUCUUCUCCCUGUUCGCCCUGGCAGCUGCUGUCCUGUUUUACCUCAACACGCGUCCCAGUCCUAUCCAGACCCCUGCUGACCUCAAGCACCAAACUAUUGGGAUCAAGGAUGGAGCAAGAAAGACUGCUUUGCUUGAGGAUAACAACAACCUGAUCUCAUGCUUUUAUGACGACGCCAGGACCCUCUAUGAGGUUUUUCAGAGGGGGCUGAAAGUGUCAGGUAAUGGACCAUGCUUGGGCUACAGGAAGCCAGGAAAGCCGUACCAGUGGCUGCGGUACAAGCAGGUCUCUGAAAGAGCGGAGAACCUGGGGUCAGGGCUUCUUCAUCAAGGUCUGAAGCCGAACACCGACACGUUUAUUGGCAUCUUUGCUCAGAACAGACCUGAAUGGAUUAUCGGUGAACUGGCCUGUUACACGUACUCCAUGGUCGUGGUUCCCUUGUACGACACUUUGGGUCCUGAGGCUCUUGUGUUCAUUAUCGACCAAGCUGAGAUCUCCACCGUGCUCUGCGACAAUCAGAAGAAAGCGGAAACGCUGCUGCAGAACCGGGAGAAAGGUCUGAGUCCCGUUCUGAAAACCAUCAUCAUCAUGGACACUUUUGACUUGGAGCUGGUCAAGAGAGGAUCCACAUGUGGGGUGGAUGUUAUGUCCAUGCAGGAAGUGGAGGCUGUGGGGAAAAGUAAUCAUCAAAAGCCAAUUCCACCAAAACCAGAGGACCUCAGUGUUGUUUGCUUCACCAGUGGCACCACAGGAAACCCCAAAGGAGCAAUGCUGACUCACCAGAAUGUGGUUUCUGAUGCUGCAGGUGUUGUCAGAAGCUUUGAGACGUCAAUUAUUCCAUCGACUCAGGAUGUCAGCAUUUCAUUUCUGCCUUUGGCGCACAUGUUUGAGAGAGUUGUACAGACUGUGAUGUAUGGUCAUGGGGCAAGGGUGGGAUUUUUCCAGGGUGACAUCAGACUGCUGCCAGAUGACAUGAAAUCGCUGCAGCCCACCAUUUUCCCAGUUGUUCCUCGCCUUCUCAACCGUGUCUAUGACAAAGUCCAGAGUGGAGCUUCAACACCAUUCAAGAAAUGGCUCCUGAACUUUGCUGUGGAGAGGAAAUUUGCAGAAGUCAAGGAGGGAAUCAUUAGGAACAACAGCAUAUGGGACAAACUCAUCUUCCACAAAGUCCAGGAGUCUCUGGGUGGACGUGUGCGGAUCAUGGUGACUGGAGCAGCUCCCAUAUCUCCCUCUGUUCUCAACUUCCUUAGGGCUGCUUUAGGCUGUCAGAUCUUUGAGGGAUAUGGGCAGACGGAGUGUACAGCCGGCUGCACCUUCACCAUGCCGGGUGAUGGCACUUCAGGACAUGUUGGUGUGCCGCUGCCUUGUAAUAUUGUGAAGUUGGUGGACGUGGAGGAAAUGAACUACUUUGCUUCAAACGGUGAAGGAGAAGUCUGUGUCAAAGGUUUAAAUGUGUUCAAGGGAUAUUUAAAAGACCCAGAGAAAACUGCAGAGGCCUUGGAUGAAGACGGCUGGCUCCACACUGGAGACAUUGGAAAAUGGCUUCCGAGCGGUGUUUUGAGGAUUAUUGACCGUAAGAAGAACAUCUUUAAGCUGGCUCAGGGUGAGUAUAUCGCACCGGAGAAGAUUGAGAACGUGUAUGUACGCAGUGGACCGGUGGCCCAGGUAUUCGUGCAUGGAGACAGUCUACAGUCCUGCCUAGUUGCCGUUGUGGUCCCUGAUCCUGACAUCCUCCCGGAUUUUGCCAAAAAUCUCGGCUGCCAAGGCUCCAUUGAAGACAUCUGCAAACACACAGAAAUUAAGAAAGCCAUUCUCUUAGACAUGACGAAACUCGGCAAAGAAGCAGGCCUCAAGUCCUUUGAGCAGGUGAAAGAAGUCUACCUCCAUCCAGAGCAGUUCACCAUUGAGAACGGUCUGUUAACUCCCACACUCAAGGCCAAGAGGGCUGAGCUCAAAACUCUCUUCCAGCCACAGAUCGACAAAAUGUACGCCAACCUCCCAUAAAUGGAACGAACCAACACCAACUUAAAACCUGCUGUAGUUCAAUGUUUUGUUUGUUUUCGUGCCUGGUGUCUUGUGAUUAAAACGUAAAUGAGUUCA